ACGCGGGGGUUGGGUAAGCGACAUAUAUCGAUAUCUUAGCUCAGUUUUUCCAUGGUUUUUCACUGUCGUGUCGCGAUAUUCAAGCCUUUCAAGGCUUUCUUAUAAGAACUCGCGGAACUCCAGAGUCCAGAUAAAAUCACCGAGAUAGCUCUGCCUUGAAAACCUCUGAAACCAAUCAAGUUAUCAAACCAGAAGAUCAAACUCAUCUUUGUUUUUGUCUCUGAUCUAACAACCGUCUGCUACAACCAUAGACUACAAGACUUCGUAGUCUAUGCUUCAACUCCGGUUAAGAUUUAAAAACUCAACAUCACAUUCAUAUGCUACGUUAUUUGAGCAGUUAUUAUUAGUUACUGACUAAUUUGACUCAACGAAUUAUUUUCGCAAACCAUUAAGAAUGUCCAACGAAAAUUUCUUUAAACGUAAGAGAGGAUUUCAUAACUUGAUUUAUUCUCCUACGCCUUUUCCGAAAAAUUUUAUUGUCGGUUCCUUUAACGGUGACAGUAUAGUUAUAGAAGAUAUGCAACAGAAGCAAUUAUUGUAUUCUAAUGGAGGCUAUGGAAAAGGAAAUCUAUCGAGAAGUGUACCAAAUUUCAAAUCAUGUAUUUAUAGUGAUGUUGAUGAAACUUCUAACCUCAUGCUUGAGGAGGCCUUUUUUUUAAGUUAUGUCGUGGGAUGUUUGCAAGUAAAAUUUCAAGGCAUAUUCUUGAAUCUUGAUGAAAUUUGGAAGUUGUUUAAAAAAUCCACCAGUAACUUUCUGCCUCGGUAUCUCUCUUAUCAACAUUUUCGGAUGGCUGGUUGGGUAGUCCGAUCAGGGAUCAAAUUUGGCACUGAUUUCAUAUUAUACAAACAAGGUCCUGAGUUUCACCAUGCAACAUAUUCUGUCCUAGUUGGUAACUUGAAUACUGUAAUUGAAACUACUGACAGUUGGGUCCAACUUGCCACUGCUAACCGUAUUACAGAAUCUGUAUCAAAGGAACUCUUGCUCUGCAAUGCUGUACUUAUUCAGGCUGAACCUGAUUUUUCUUCUCCUGCGUGCAUAGAACAAUUCCUCUUAAAUGUGGUAGUUUUGAAGCGAUGGGUUCCCGCUUUAGAACGUGUUAUUGAUUAAUUGUUAGGCAUUCUUGAGAGAGAAAAGGAACUGUCAAGUUUUUGAGGGUUCCGAAGUUGUCUUGUAUACUAUUCCCGCCGCCACUUUUCUGCUAUGACCGUUUUGGGUCGUUUCUUUUUUUUUGUGGAUACAUACAAUGAUGGUUUUGGCUGUUUAGUACCGCACAAACAAUCAUUUUAAUAAAAGAUAUAAAGUGUGAAA